UCCAUCGGUCCGAUAAUGGCCGGCCGCGGCGGGGCGUUCGCACUCGUUGCGCUGUGCAUGCUCGAGCUCGCGCUGCUACAUGGCGCCGGCGCCGGGGAGCCGCUCGUGCCGGCCAUGUUCGUGUUCGGAGACUCGACGAUGGACGUCGGCAACAACAACCAGCUGCCUGAUUGCAAGCCCGAAUGCAGGGCCGACUACCCGCAGUACGGCGUCGACCACCCCUCCCACGCGCCCACCGGCCGCUUCAGCAAUGGAUACAACCUCGCUGACCAGAUAGCUCAAUUACUUGGAUUCAAAGAGAGCCCACCCGCUUUCCUCUCCCUCCCGGCCGGGGGCAUCAUUCCACAUAUGAAAGACGGCAUCAACUUUGCAUCGGGAGGGUCAGGGCUGCAGAACCAAACGGGCGAUCAUUGCGGAGGAGUCUACAGCAUGGCCGACCAACUGGAGGAGUUCAAGUUGGUCGUCAUGAUGAUGGGGAACGGCUCGUACGACCUCAUCUCCAGAUCACUCUUCUUCAUCAGCGUCGGCAGCAACGACCUGUUCGAGUACGCCGAUGCCAAGAACCCGCCCCCUAACCGCAACGACACCGCCUUCCUGAAAUGCCUCGUCGACUCUUACAGGACCUACCUGCAGGAGUUGUAUGCGCUCGGGGCGAGAAAGUUCAGCAUCGUCAGCCCAUCGCUGGUGGGGUGCUGCCCGUCGCAGAGGGCGGCCGCGCUGGAACAUCACAAUGACUUCGACGAGUUCCACUGCUUCCGCCCGGCGAACAACCUCUCCAAGCAACUCUACACUUUGCUAGCCUCGACGCUCCAGGACCUCGGCGGUGAUCUGGACGACAUGCACUACUCCAUCUGCGACUCGGCAGGGAUGGCCGAGGCGGUCUUCGCAACCGGCGGCGCAAAAGGCCACAACCUGGUGGUGGACACGGCCUGCUGCGCCGGCCCAGGGCCGUUCGGGGUGGGCCUGUGCAACACCUCCGCCACGCUAUGCCCCAGCCGCGCCGACUUCCUGUUCUGGGACAGCUUCCACCCGACGGAGUAUGCGUCGGGCUUGGCCGCGUCCGCGCUCUUCAACGACCCCGGUGAAUUCGUCCGCCCGAUCAACGUGGGGCAGCUGGUGGCACUGUAG